AUGGACGCUGCCGUGGACAUGGGUGAUGCCUCCAAGGCGCUCGAGCUGUCGAGAAUUCGAUUCCAACUCAUUCGUCUUGAGGAUACCAUCACAUUCCACCUCAUUGAGCGCGUGCAAUUCGCGUUGAACGAGACUAUCUACACGCCAGGUGCUCUCAGCAUCCCAAACAGCGAAUUGAGCCUUUUGGACUGGUACCUUAGCGAGCAGGAGAAGCUUCAGUCCUUGAUCCGGCGUUUUGAGUCACCCGACGAGUACCCUUUCUUCCCUGAUGCCGUUCAGAAGCCCAUUCUCAAGCCUCUCAAUUAUCCCAAAAUCCUGUACACCAACAGCGUCAACGUCAACGACAAAAUCAAGACCUUCUACAUUGAGAAGUUUCUGCCAGCUGUCACGCCAGACUUUGGCCGUCAAGACCGGGGCGAGUCAGAGGAGAACUAUGGCUCAACGGCCACUUGCGACAUUGCUUGUCUACAAGCUCUGUCCCGCCGGAUUCACUUUGGGAAAUUUGUGGCCGAGUCCAAGUUCCGCUCGGACGAAGAGAAGUACACACGCCUGAUCAAGGCCGAGGACCGCGAAGCGAUCGGGGAGGCAAUUACGAAUGCAGCUGUGGAAAAGACCGUGCUUGAGCGCCUGCGACUCAAGGCCCAGACCUACGGAACGGACCCGGGCAACCCCCAAGGCUCAAAAGGUGUAUCCAAGAUCAACGUGGAUGCAGUGGUGUCAAUGUACAAGGACUUCGUCAUCCCAUUGACGAAGGAAGUGGAGGUGGAAUACUUGAUGCAAAGACUUAUCCCGGAAGCCUAA